AUGUCGAAAAAAGGAGGAGCUAAGAAGGGGAAGGUUGCGGCUGCAGAAGAGGAUCUUGAUGCCAUUUUGGCUGAGCUUGCCGUCGAAGACAAGGCACGUGCAGAAAAAGCGGGAGCAAAAAAGGGCAAAGGAGGGAAGAAAGUCAAAAAUGCUGCGGUCAUGAAUGGUGGUGGUGAUACGCUACCCGAUGCAGUAGAAGAAGCUCCAGUAGUUGACUGGCAUAAAGAAAUCGCCGCCAUGAAACCUAUCGAUGAGCAGUUCCCUGAUGGGAAAUACCCAGUGGGACAAUGCGAAACAUAUUAUCUGCCAGGUAAGGACGGUAGAAUUGCGUCAGACAGAGAAACGAAUCAGGAGAAGAAAGCUCUUGAUGAAUCUUUCGAAGAAAUGUAUCAGGAUUAUCGGCGGUCUGCUGAAGCUCAUCGUCAGGUUCGAAACUAUGUGAAAUCAUGGGUGAAACCUGGAAUGACUAUGAUUGAAAUAUGUGAGCGCCUAGAAGCCUGCUCUCGUCAUCUAAUCAAGGAAAAUGGGCUGGAAGCCGGUCUUGCCUUCCCGACUGGUUGUUCGUUGAACCAUGUUGCCGCUCAUUAUACUCCAAAUAACGGGGAUACUACUGUUUUGCAAUAUGGAGAUGUUUGUAAGAUCGAUUACGGUGUUCAUGUACGUGGACGUCUUAUUGACAGUGCAUUCACUCUUCAUUUUGACCCGCGAUACGAUAAUUUGGUGAAUGCGGUCAAGGAGGCAACAAAUGCCGGAAUACGUGAAGCUGGCAUAGACGUGAGAUUAUGCGAUCUGGGAGAGACUAUUGAAGAGGUGAUGACGUCGCAUGAGGUAGAACUAGACGGGCGUACUUACACUGUGAAACCCAUCCGGAAUCUGAACGGUCAUUCGAUUGGAAACUAUCGAAUCCACGCUGGAAAAACGGUACCAAUUGUAAAAGGUGGCGAUCAAACCAAAAUGGAAGAAAAUGAGGUCUAUGCAAUCGAGACAUUUGGGUCGACUGGUAAGGGAUAUGUCCAUGAUGAUAUGGAGUGUUCACAUUACAUGAAGAACUUCGAGCUGUCGGAAGAGCAUAUUCCGCUAAGACUUGCUCGUUCGAAAGCUCUUCUCAACACAAUUGAUCGUAACUUUGGAACUUUGGCGUUCUGCCGGCGGUGGGUAGACAGAUUGGGAGAAAAUAAGUACCUCAUGGCUUUGAAGGAUUUGUGUGACAAGGGCAUUGUUGACCCUUACCCACCACUUUGCGAUGUGAAAGGCUGCUAUACAGCUCAAUGGGAACAUACCUUGGUGUUGCGUCCCACAUGCAAAGAAGUUCUGUCAAGAGGAGACGACUAUUAA